GGCUAGGUCUUCUAGUUUUAAAGAUGAGAAUGGACAAUGGACUCUUAUAAGUCUUAUCAAAGAACUAAUUGCUAUACACGUGUUAGCUGAUUAGAGCUUCUUCCCAAGUCAAACUGGUAGCAUACUUGGAGAUGCUUUGGGUGCAUUAAUUAGAUGCUGUGGUACCUAACUCUCCACUCUUUCCGCUCUGUUUCCUUCAAAGCUCACUAUCACAGUUGUUCUUUCUCACAAACCAGCUUAUUCCAUGGCAAGCCAAGAUAUAGUAUCAAUCUUUGAUUUCACUGUCAAGGAUGCUAAGGGAAAUGAUGUUGACCUCAGCACUUACAAGGGAAAAGUGCUCUUGAUUGUUAACGUUGCUUCCAAGUGUGGAUUGACAAACUCAAAUUACACAGAACUGAAUCAACUGUAUGAGAAGUACAAAGAUCAAGGCCUGGAGAUUCUGGCAUUUCCAUGCAACCAAUUUGCUCAGCAGGAGCCUGGAACUAAUGAUCAGAUUCUUGACUUUGUUUGCACUAGCUUCAAAUCAGAAUUCCCCAUCUUUGACAAGGUUGAAGUGAAUGGUGAUAAUACUUCUCCAUUGUACAAGUUCUUAAAGUCUGGUAACUGGGGACUUUAUAAAGAUGAUAUUCAGUGGAACUUCGCCAAGUUCCUGAUCAAUAAAGAAGGCCAAGUUGCUGGUCGCUACUAUCCUGGCACUACUCCUCUUAGUCUUGAGUAUGACAUUAAAAAGCUACUUGGGGUCAGUUAGAAUAAGAAAGAGGAGUUGGAAGAGUGCUGAGAAGUGAGAAUAAACGGCUCAAUCAUGUUCACUGGAGUCAAGCAUCAAAUAUUUGCAUCCUUCUGCUGGUAAAAAAAUGUGUUUGUGUUGGAGAUUAUUGUACAAGCUGUGUCAAACAAAAUGUUUAAUAGAAGCACUGAGAUCUCCUCUUAGCCUCUUUCUCUCGUGUAUUAGUUGCCAAGACAAAUUCCACCUUUUUUUCCUUACCCCUGCCAUUUUCAGUUUCUUGCCACGGUUGUGGCUACACCAAACCCCAAAAUGAACCUGCAUAAUUUUA